GGUGGAACUAAUUAUCGAAGCGAAUAUGAGAAGUUGAUGAGUUGCUUACGACCCGCCAGGAGAGAAAUUAUCCAUGGAGAAUCUUGAUAUAUCGCACAUCAAGCAUGGUUUUAAUCAAUCAAAAAAAUAUUUUACUAGGGAAUAUAUAUCGAGGGAAAAAGGAUAUAGUGUAAUAUAAUGUUUAAUUACAUCUUCA